GCCAGUAACUGUUUGGAAAUCAACGGAGCCGUCAACAUCUCAGCUAAAUUUGUGGGCAAAAAAGUGGUAUUUUAAGGAACAAAGAAAGAGUGUGUUGUGAAAAAAAUGAAUGUUAAAUAACUAGCGAAAAAUUUUAUAUUUUUUAUACCAAGCGUAAAACGCAAAAGGUGGAAAUUAAAUUAGAACCUUUUUAUUGUGGAUAAGACUGUCUUUUAAAACACAGUGAGGCCAAAAAAGUUAAUUCGAUUUAAAAUUAAGGAAAUCUUGAAGAUUUAAAAACAAAAGUUGUACCUAUAAAAAUUGUUGUAUUGCUUAUUGAAAAAAGAAAACGAAGAAAAUAAAAAUGAAACCCAACACCAAUGAAACUUUAGAAGUCAUUUCACCAAAUGUACAAAUUACGGAGGAUUAUAUUGAAACCGAUUAUGCCUAUCAGACUUCAAAUGUCAAACGAUUGGCUAAUGGAAAAAUUCAGGUUUUCCCUGAAACAUCCAAUUUGAAAAUUCGCACCGACAGACGCGUACCCAAAUUGGGUUUAAUGCUUGUCGGUUGGGGUGGCAACAAUGGUUCCACUUUGACUGCCGCCUUGGAGGCCAAUCGUCGUCAAUUGCAAUGGCGCAAACGCACCGGUAUUCAGAAGGCCAACUGGUUUGGUUCCAUCACCCAAGCAUCGACUAUUCUCAUAGGAUCCGAUGAAGAAGGCAAAGAUGUCUAUGCACCCAUGAAGGAUCUGGUGCCCAUGGUUAAUCCAGAUGAUAUUAUUGUUGACGGUUGGGAUAUCAGUUCAUUGAACAUUGGUGAGUCCAUGAAACGUGCCCAGGUGCUAGAUGUGGAGUUGCAAGACCAAUUAUAUGCCGAUUUGAGUGCUAUGAAACCCAGACCAUCGAUAUAUGAUCCCGACUUUAUUGCUGCAAAUCAAUCGGAUCGAGCUGACAAUUUGAUAAAGGGCACCAGAUAUGAACAGUAUGAACAAAUUCGCAAGGAUAUACAAGAUUUUAAGAGUCAACAAAAUCUGGAUACAGUGCUUGUAUUGUGGACUGCUAACACUGAACGUUUCAGUGAUGUCAAACCGGGACUGAAUAUGACCAUGCAGGAAUUGGAGUCUUCGCUGAAGGCUAACAAAUCGGAAAUUUCACCCUCCACCAUAUUUGCUAUGUCCAGUAUUGCCGAAGGUUGUACCUACAUCAAUGGUUCGCCACAGAAUACCUUUGUGCCCGGUUUGAUUGAAUUGGCUGAACACAAGGGGGUGUUUAUAGCAGGAGAUGAUUUUAAAUCGGGUCAGACUAAAUUGAAAUCAGUGUUGGUGGAUUUUCUGGUGGGUGCUGGCAUAAAACCUGUCUCUAUAGUAAGCUACAAUCAUUUGGGUAACAAUGAUGGCAAAAAUCUAUCGGCUCCCCAGCAGUUCCGUUCAAAGGAGAUCUCCAAAAGUAAUGUUGUGGAUGAUAUGGUGGAGUCCAACAGUGUUUUAUAUGAACCCAAAGAACAUCCCGAUCAUGUGGUGGUCAUUAAGUAUGUGCCCUAUGUGGGCGACAGCAAACGGGCCAUGGAUGAGUACACCUCGGAAAUCAUGAUGGGAGGCCACAACACACUUGUCAUACACAAUACCUGUGAGGAUUCUUUGUUGGCCUCACCCUUGAUCUUGGAUUUGGUUAUAUUGGGAGAAUUCUGCUCACGUGUGCAAAUCAAGGACAACACAAAUGUUAGUUCCAACUGGGUAUCAUUUAAACCAGUACUCUCUUUGCUGAGUUAUUUGUGUAAGGCUCCCUUGGUGCCACGUGGCUCGCAAGUGGUUAAUUCACUGUUCCGCCAACGUGCAGCCAUUGAAAAUUUAUUGAGAGGCUGCAUUGGUCUACCGCCAAAUUCCCACAUGACUUUGGAACAAAGAUUUGAUUUCUCCAGCAUUACCAAUGAGCCACCCACCAAAAAACUAAAAACCGCUGCUUGUGGCAAAGCCAUAGGAAAUGGAAAACUGGAAGCCAAUGGUCAUGCUGCCAAUGGUGUUAGUAAUGGCGUACAUUAACUAAACUUAUUAAAUAUUGUCUAAAAUCCCACUAAGUAUACAAAUUUUAUUUAGAAACUAAGAAAAACCGAGUUGUGAGAUGUAGUGAAAGUCUCAAACACAAAACCCCAGUACCGCCUAUGACUUGAAAGUGACUGAACAUUAGGUGGCACUUGAAAAAAUUUUGCAUGUAUUUGGGUACGGUGUAAAACCCAGCCGUCGAUUUGGCUCUUAGAAAAAAAACACCCCAAGGGAAAUGUUAAAAACUAUGUAAUAAAAUAAAACUGAAGCAUGAAAUGCGAAAUAAAGGCUCCAAAAACAGAGAUACAUCCAAAAGUACUAUAAAGUAGUACACUGACUGAAGAAAAGAGCAAAAGAUGAAUACACUGCUUGAAGGAAAGAUCAACAGAUCAUUAUGAAGACCAAAAUUUUCGGCGCGCCUAUUCUUAAUAAAGACUUGGAAACGCAAAUUUGCUCAUGAAAGACUCAAUUGAGGCAUAGGGGCAGAAAAAUUUGGUGUAUCCAGCAUAAUGGUUUCAUGCUUUAUUUCAUUACUACCUGGAGGCCUGAUUUCAUUAGAGUUGUUUCUAUCCCAAACCCCUUCCCAUACUACCCUUAAAACUAGAAUUAAGUGAAAGCGCUAAGUUUGUAACCUAUUAACUGUUAGCCAUUGUGUAUAGCAGAAUUUUCAGUUUAAAAUUUUCAAAAUGAUUUAAUGAUGGUCGACGUACAUCUAUGGCCCUUGGCCAUUUUUCCAAAGUUUCUUUCGAUUUUUAAACAAUUCCUUUAGCUACCCUAUAAUCUUAAAUAAGUUUAUUGAUUUUUUUGUUUCAUAAGUUUUUCUUAAUGUAUGUACUAUAGAAAUGCAUAUAUACAAAAUUAUGACAUAUUUUAAAUAUUUUUUAUUUGAAAAAUAAACGAUAUAUUUUCAAUGUUAAAAGUA